AAGUUCCAUUGUUGUGCGAAUUGUUGAAUGAAAAUCGGCGUCGCAUCGAGACGCGAUGACCGCCAUAGAGCGUCUACAUUUGACAGUAAUAAAUAAAUAAAUGUCAGUAAAUAAAUAAACAAACAGUGGUCGAGAGAAGGGAAGAUCUUCAGGUAUGCCGAAGAGUCCGUUGAGUGCCCCAGGCGGGAGUAACGGGCGUAAUAAUUACGAUUGGAAUUCACGUGAUCGUCGUCGUGGUUAUAAUGGAUCGGGAGGAGGUUAUAGUAACAUUCAAAAUGAUAAUUAUGAAUCGUGCACACCGAAGAAGAAUGAACAGUCUCCCCGUAUGAAUGACGACGGCUUUAUACCUCUGGGAUACAGUAGCCCUGUUAAUCACCAUCAGAGGCACAGUGGAAAUUGGAGAGGAUCGGGAAAUGGACAUAGACGUCGUGGGAGUCCUAUGGGGGCUGGUUACAAUAACUAUGGAAAUAAUUCCUAUCACGAUACUCCGAAUUCUAGAUUCAACAAUUCCAAUUCUCCAAAACACUUUCAUAAACAACAUUACGGACAGCGCAGGCCCCAUCAAAAGGAUGCGCACAGACAUGUGGAUAUAUCGAAUUAUGUGAACGCUGCCGCAUUUUUAGAGGAUCCAUGGGUAGGGUUGAUAAAAAAGCUAGAGGGUUCUCAGACUCCACAAUUUGUGCAACCCACGGAGGCUGCGAACAGCGAGGAACCGUCACAACCUUUGUCGCAGCUUGAGAUCGCUAAGAGUGUUGAAAUUUCGAAUUCGAAUGCAAGUGGAAGUUCAUGUGGAAGUAUUCUCAUAGGAGAUCUUACCGUUAAAUCGAACAGUCCAACUAACCUGGAGUCCGAUAGCCCGGAUAAUUUACAGACACCUGUAAUCGAGGCAUCACAAUCGGCGACAAGUUAGUGAAGCUAGAGGUUUUUCUUGGCCUCGUCAAAAUGUACAUACGUAAUUAAUGUUGUAAAUAUUUUCGAGGAACCGAGGAACUCUUCAGGGUUUUUUUAUACUUUUUGAAAGGGCUUCUUUUCAUUAGUAUAUGUUUACUACUGACCACAGAAAAUUAAUACUCGCGGCUAUACUUUCACCCCCUUGGAAACAUCUAUUGUUAUACCAUAUCAAAUAUCUUGUAUACUACCAUCGGUAUGGAUCGCGAAAAUAUUUUCACCCAAUAUAUUUCAAAUUAUCCAUGGCUGUGAAAAUAGCAAAAGAUUAUAUCCGGACUAACUAACGCGCAAUUUUUAAACUCUUCGUUAUUCAAAUAUCAGUUACCGACUGCACAUGGAAGUCAUAAGUACGACGAAGUUAUAAGCUUUUACUUGGAUCCAAUGAAUCGUUUGAACUACUUUUAAGAUGGGCAUGCUUUAAUUCAGCAUUAGACCGCAAUAACUCGAUACGUCACAUAUAAUUUCUGACUAGAUAUAUAUCUAUUUUCAUGUGACUCAAGUUGAGCCAAGUGCAAUUUAAGUUAAAGCUGAUAAUUUACAUACUAUAAUUACUCAGCCACCCAACCGAGUCUGUAAUAUUACUCGAUAUCUACGUAGAGGGUAAUUCUACCAUCUCCCAUCAAUUGUGUCGAAUCACCGCACCCAUAGUUGAUGACAUUUGUACAGAAGUUCAUCCGUCUACACGUAAUAUAAAUUUAAGUGGAUCUCUAUAGCAUCAGAUCUUAACGAUUCUGAUCUGCAAUCACUGUACGGUCAAUUAUGAAACAAAACUUAUAAUUUGAUUCUAGAAUUUUUGUUAAUCAAUUUCUGUCUCGCCUGUUAAUUGUAAAUUAACAACUGAGUGGUACGAAAAAUUCUGACGAUUAUUACCAAGCAGAAAUGAUGGCAGUAGAUUAAAAAUAACAGAUAAAUUAAAUUAUCACUUACAAUUGGAUGUUUUAAUAUUUUAAUGAGUGCGUAAGUACAUGCAAUUUCUCUAUUAAAUAAUCAUAUAUAUUCGAAUAUUUUUUCAAAUAUUUAGAAUACAUUCAACAUGACGCAGUUCGUGUAUAUAGUAUAUACAUAUAUAUUGGUUUUAUAUUCACUUUUAUCAUACAAAAGAAAAUUUACAGUAAUUAUUUACUACGAAUUAUUGUUAUUAUUAAUAUCAUGUACCAUGGUGAAUUCAGUUUUUACACAGCGUACCGAUUGCCAAUGAUACAUUGUUGUUAUAUCAAUAUCAAUAAUUAUUAUCUAAAUUAAUUAUUUUCCAAAAUAUAGGUAUACUCGCGUUCAUUACUCUGGUUUAAUUUCAGAUUGAACGCAAGUAUUAGCGAUCUCACAGUAGUUUACACGUGAAAGACGACAGAGUUGUUUUUUUGUUUGCUCAUAAAUACACGUAUUUUCCUUGCUUCGCCUAAUUCGUCUUGGUGAUAAUUUUUUUUCUUUUUUUUUGGACCCGUUAAUUCAUAUCCACUUUUGUAGAGAAACUCCACCGUUUACGAUGAAUCCAAAUUUUCGUCAGACUUUUUCAAAAGCCAGUUGGAAAUACGAUAAAUUGACGAGAAAAAUGAGGAUAAAGAAAAUCGAAGAAAAAAGAAAAAGAAUGAAUUUAUAAUAAAUUAUAUAAAAACAAAUACGAUGAGUACAAAUAUUGUAAUAACGAUAAAAUGUUUACGGAGGUAGUCUGAAAGACGAUGGUUAAUUAUAGAUACGUGUUUAAGCAUCAUGUAACAAAUAAAUAACGAUUUUACACUAA